AUGGAGUCCUCAAAGAGUGAACGGCAGCGGAUCAUUCGUCGCCAUCGCCACGAGAAGAAAGAGCUUCAAGCUCACAUUCAGGCCAUGAAAAAUAACAUCCCUAGAAGCAAUAAAAUACGAAGAAAGCAGAUGCUGCUAGAAGUGGCCCACUUAGAGGCGGAGAUAGAACGAAAACACCAGCAGGAGAUGCAGGGAUUCGAUGAGAGCCCUGCCGGCCCCGCCAAUGUCGAUAUGAUCACGGAAGACCUGGCCAAGAUGGAUCUGGAGAACCAGCCACCUUGUGUAUCUAGAGCUCAGCGAAGGCGUGAACGAAAGGCGGCCAUCGAGCGAGAGCAACGGGAGAGGAUCCACAUACAGGAGAGGGAGCAUAUGGCCAGCUACGGUCGUGAAGAGGAAGCGAAGCUGGCCACCAUCCUGCUCGCAAAGAAUCUGGAGAUGAAGUACAUCCCAGCCGACGGCCACUGCUUGUACCGCGCUGUGCAGCACCAGCUGCCGGUAUUUGUGAGUGUGGCCAGCCUGCGCCGUAGCACUUCAGAAUACAUGCAACGUCAUGUUGACGAGUUCCUGCCAUUUUUUAGCAAUCCCGACGGCCACACCUGUACCCGCAAAGACUUUCUCAAAUACUGCGACGAUAUCGACAGAUGUGCAUCCUGGGGAACCCAAAUCGAACUGCGAGCCCUGUCGCACAUCCUGCAAACACCUAUCGAGGUGAUCCAGGCCGAUUCGCCCGUCAUCACUAUCGGAGAGGAGUACAACAAGAAGCCUCUCAUCCUCGUCUACCUCCGCUACGCCUGCGACAUAGGAGAACAUUACAAUUCUGUGACACCUAUUGAGGUCAAAGGCGCAGAAGCCGAAGGCGCCGAAGUAGAAGUCGAAAGCACCGACGCCAACGGUGACGAAGCUAUAGGCGCUGCAGCGGCAGAUGAUGCAGCACCCAUGAUGCCGCGCUACUUCUAG